AUGAGGCUGUGGAGUGCUAACCAAAAUCCUGUCCGCUGUACGCUUGACGAAUUUAUCCCAGAAAAGCAAAAGUGCGGGUCGAGUCAUGUACGCGGUGAGCUGCAUGCCAAGACUCCAUCUCUCGGCUUAGAGAAGAAGCCGAGCGGCCUUCAUCCCAACUACUCGACUGAGCGGUUGGGCGGAGUAUGGGCUCCAUCGGGUAUGAUGGGAGCCCGUCGCCCACCGGGGUGCCACCAACGGACCGAACCCACGGUUGGGUCCGUUGGUGGCACCCAUGGGCGGGUGCUGCGGCCAUCACUUCGCGCACCCCUGCGCCGCCCUGUGGCUAUGGCCACCGCCGUACGUCCGGACCACGCCAACAUCGCCGCCUUCUCUCCUCCUUAUAUACCGAGAUCUAAGUCCACACUUGUGAUUACGCAAUUUGGAUCGACACAAUUCGUUCUGAGCUGCAUCGAUACGGUCGCUCAAGUGUUGAAGACGUUCGCACUUCUUCGGAAGGAAUAG